AUGAGUUUUGAAAGCGGUACGGAACAGUCAGACGUGGAAUCGAUCGGGUCGCGCACUCACAUCUGCGAGACAGAACUAGGAUCAGACGAAGAUGAAGAAGAUAUGUACUAUUCAGGUCCAGAGGGACCGUAUAUAGAUGAACCUAUUGCAGACGAGGAAUGGCUAAACAGAAUACAACCGAGAACUAGAAGAAAUUUAAAGGAGAAACCAGGAGUUACAAAACCGCUUUGACAGGAUUGUCGAACCCGAGACUUGGUAAGUGUUCGCUCAAUUUCUCACCUUUUAUUAAAUUAUUAGCCUGAAAAAUCUUAUCGUACUAAGAUCAUACCUUGCCGAUAAAAAGAAAAGGAUAAAAGUUGUAUUCUUCAACUUAAAUACUACGUUCCUUCUUUUUAAUUUCAAAGGUGCCCAUGUGGCAAUUGUGCUCUUGAUCGGCCGCAAAAUCCAUAAUCAUGGCUAUGUUCUAAGACAAAUUGAAGGGAGCCCAGUGCCCUGAACCUGUGAAAUCAAGGAUGCCUAGCAUAAUAUUAUAAUCUCUAAGAUUUUCUUGUCGCCGUAGAGCAGAAGUUAUGUGCUAGGGGUCACCAUGUGCUGUUAGAACACAGCCCUAUCUGAGGCUAGCUAAGCCUUCUGCCCCUCUCAAGUCACUUUUUUCUUUGGGAAAAUCUUUUAUUUUUUUGGACAUCUAGGGAUAUAUAUUGUUAUCAAUAUUACUGUUAUAAUCAAGAAAAUGAUAAAUAUAGCCAUUAAAGCAACAUAUUACAUCUCUUGUUGAAGAAAUAGGAACUGGGAUAGCCCAGACUUAAUGCAAUUUUGAUUUCUUUUUUUUUUUUUUUUUUGGCUUUUGUUUUGUUUUUGUUUUGUUUUUUUCUUUUUAAUAAUCCAAACUCAAGCAGCAUUUGUAAAUUGCCUAUACGUAGCGAGAUUUACAAUUAUACAUUCAAAAAAACAAAUAAAGUUCCCAUAAUUUAUUAUUAUUAUUAUUAUUAUUACUGUUAUUGUUACAUAUUAUUAUCAUUUUAUCAGCAAUCAAGGUGGACUAAAGAUAUUUUUCCUAUUUUGCUUGCAGUAUCUGUUGUUUUUGCCCAAGAGGCAGCUGCAGCUACAGCACAGUCAUCAAGUGGAGGAAGAACAAGGAAUUGCACUGUUUGCAAAAGACCCAUGA